UAAAUCGUCGCGCCCCGUGAGAAUGCGAGCGAGCUAAUGAGCGGAUGUGAUGUAACGUGUAUGUAAACCUGUUUGUAGUGUACGUAUUGUCUAUUUAUGGAAUGCGAGUGUUGAAUGUUGGGUAGUUUUACCUGGCGCACUGGUCACUUAUGAACAGAGCGGUCAGAGGGACAACAUCGUAUAUUGGUAAUCAUAGCCAGCAUAGAGACGAAAAGAUGUAGCGAACACUAGAGUCAUUAAACGUAAGUACCUGUGUAAAAAUAUAUAUAAGCGUAAUGUAAUAUAGUAUCUUUUAUAUAAUAUAUUUGAUUAAAGGUAGUAUUUUUGUUAAAAGUAAAGUUGAUAUUCUGGAAAUUAAUUCAGAUUUCGGGCGUGGUCGUAUUACGCGAGUGAUUUCAAUGAAGCAUGGUUUUAAUGUGUGCAUUAUUUUAUUCAUAUAGCUUAUUAACUGAACGUUAAGACGAGUACAGAGGACUCGGCGGACAUAGUCCGGGAAAACCCUCUUCAUACUGAAGAGGGUUAUUUGUAUAAUAAUAAAUAUUGGAAACAAGAACCCGGAGUUGUAUUAUUGAAGAAAUAAGACGACUAUUACAUAACUCAUGUGUGACACAGAAUACAAGAAUGGAAAAAAGAAAGAACAAAAAAAAUGACAUCUUGUGGAUUUGAAUGAAUAUGACAUGGCUAAUGGAAGGAAACACAUUCGACCGCUCAUCUUUGGCACUCAGUCAGAAUUUAAGUUCCGAGGUGGAAAACCAAAGCCAAUCCGUGUCUUUGAUGAUUCUGACCUUGAGGUUGAUGGACCACCACAAGAGUCCCCAAGGGCUGAGGGACCUGGUAAGGAGGAGGCGGCCUUGGUGCCACGGUCUGUACCAUCACAUCUACUCAUGAUAUCCAUCCUGGAACAGCUGUGUGUGGCUUAUGCCAAGGAUGAAGUUAAGGGGAGAGAACUCUUUAAGAUGAUCAGUGAUCACCUGAUUGAGAUGAAUGUUGUCUCCCCUAAGACUGUGCUGGAUGAGAUGGGAAGCAUCAGAACUCAAUACAGAUACUUCAUGCACAAUGUGCUCAAGGCGGCCAUGUUGAAACUCACAUCGCAAAGGACAGUUAAGGCAUUACCAUCAGCGGGACAAGUGAGCGGUGACAUCAUUAGGUUAGAAACUCAGCAAUAUUCUUUGCUGUCAUCUGAUGAACUGACACAGAUGCAGACAUCCCGGUAUAAGUCAGAAUUCACAGAGACCUCUCGUAUAGGAAAAGGUGGAUUCGGGACUGUAUAUAAGGCCACACACAAAUUGGAUCGGACUUCCUAUGCCAUUAAGAAAAUACGGUUCAAACAUUCAAAACCAGAAAUAUGGCUGAAGGUUUUAAGAGAAGUGAAAGCUCUGGCGACUUUGCGUCACUCCAAUAUUGUGGGGUACAAUGCUGCCUGGCUGGAACAACAAACCAGAGAUUCUGAUGGUUACACCAAUGUAAAAGACCAACAAGGGGGUAACGAAGAAAGUGGCAGUGAUUCUGAAGAUGGCAUAGUGUUCAUGUCUCAUUCCAAAAAAUCAGUUGUGACUUCUAGCAGGAUCCAAUUUGGUUCCCCUGGGAAAAUUACAGAGCUUUCUGACAGCAGUGGUACAGACAAUAGCACUACAGAGGAUUCUUGUCAAUCUUGUGACAGACAAUCUAGCAAAGAAGGAGCAGGACACUUUAAUUUAUUUUCUCUUCAAAGGCAAGAGGCAUUUUCUGGAAAUUCAAUCAAACAGGUUUCCAAGAGAAAGAUAGUGGAAUCGUACAUUGAUGGUGUCCCCAAUAAUAUUUCUUUUUCUCAAAAAGAAGUUGCUAUAAGAAAUAAGUUUUCACUAGAUACAAGUGCCAAAUUUGACAAGACUGAUGUGAGCAUGUUCUGGAGUCAAGGUUUUGUGACCAGGAGGAGUCUAAGCUGUGAUCCAGUUAUCAAUGGGGAAAGAGUAACCACACACUCACAAGAAGAUAACUGUCAAUACUCAGAAGACAUCAUUAAUUCCAAGAUGCAUGUCUGCCUGUUCAUACAAAUGGAGCUGUGUAGCGUGACCCUGGACCAAUGGAUCAGGAAAAGAAAUAACAUGUGUAGCUGUUUACGAGAUUUCAGAAAUGAGUACUCUACACUGAACCUAAAGAUAUUUAAACAAAUUUUGAAAGGUGUGGAUUUCAUACAUUCACAGGGUCUCAUCCACAGAGAUCUCAAGCCAAAAAACAUCUUCAUUAAUGAACCCGAGAACCAUGUGAAAAUUGGUGAUUUUGGUCUGGCAAAGGACGAUCUGUUGUCUUCAUCAGAUGAUAGCUUUUUGCUCACUCCAACACCAGACUCUACAGAUGAUAUUUCAUGGACUGACCAUACGUCCGGUGUUGGUACAAGAACAUAUGCCUCACCAGAACAGCUAAAAGGCCACACGUAUAACAACAAGUGUGAUAUGUACAGCCUUGGAGUACUGUUGUAUGAGAUAUGUAACAAGUUUGAUACAGAUAUGGAGAAAUCUCGGCACCUUGUCAGUUUACGGGAUGGCCAUUUGGACGAGGAUUUUAUGGACAACUGUCCUUCUCAGGCUAGUGCUGUGAGGAAACUGACAUCUGCCAUCCCCCACCACCGCCCAACAGCUAAGGAGCUUCUACAGAGCGAACUCUUCCUAACUAAAGACCAGGUUAUUGCUCAAAUGAAGAAAAUAAUGGAUCAGAAAGAUGCAGAAAUCCAGCGACUAAAACAUCUGCUUGAGCAGAAGGACCGUCAACUAAGCCGACUACAGGACGAGGCAGACAAACCUCUGCCUAACCUCAGCCUCCCUUCUGGACUUACAUUCACACCACACAAACCCAAGUUCUGAUAGAGGGCUUUGUCCAACCUCACAUAUGUAACUAUCAGAUACAAAAUUGUGCAAUUUCUUAGAAUAAAACAUCUGUGUGAAACCAUUACCAUGGAUACUUUGUAUGCACCAUGUGCCUUCAGCUUUUAGAUAUUCUGUGAUUCUAUAUGUUUGGUGCAAAAUAAAAAAAUAAAUUAUUUUUCUUGUACAGUUCUUAGAAUCUCGGUUACUGUGUUAUAUACUCGUGUAUGAUUGUGUCUUAGAUAGUUGGUGAUGAUGAAAUUGUAUACAUGCCUGGAAUGUAAACACCAAAUAUAUACACUAUAACCUUAUUAAGUGAUAGUGAAGGUGACAUUAACCUGUUUUCUGCGAUUCCCU